AUGUCUACCCAGUCAAUCCUUAUUAGCGAAUUUUCUUCUGCCAGUACUUGGUACUGUGAAAUGGUAGACUCUCUAGAGGUUGGGUCCUCAGUUAAGAAGCAGCCAGUGGCUCCUAGCCAACAGCGCAGGGCACGAUCAGUGCAGUUUUCGAAUAUUGUUUCUAUAAACAAUUCAUCCAAUACAACUGUCUUGAACGAAAGUGGAAUUGGUCAGGCUCAAUCUGCAUACCAACGGAAUUGGUUACUUUCGCCCGUAAAAACCCAUGGUGUUGUGAGCAUCAGUACCAAAAAGAAUACUUCAUAUUGCAUGAUACAAAAUGUUUUUCCAAUGUCCACCCAAUCAAUCCUUAUCAGUGAAUUUUCCUCAGCCAGUACUUGGUACUGUGAAAUGGUGGACUCUCUGGAGAUUGGGUCUGCAACAGCAAAGGAACCAGUGGCUCCUAUUCAACAGCCAAGGGCACGAUCAGUGCGAUUUUCUGAUACUAUCUCUAUAACAAAUUCUUCUAAUGUAAUUGGUAUGGACAGGAGCGAAGGUGAUCAAAUCCAGUCUUCAUACCAUCGGAGCAUCAGAGAAUCUACUAUUACUACUACUACUCUUCCUCCUUCUUCCUCCUCUUCUACUUAA